AUGGCCUCGUCGCCGACGCCGCGCUACGUGCCGCGGCCCGAGCUCUCCUUCCCGCCGGCGGCGCAGCCGCACCUCGUGCGCGCCGUGCAGAAGGAUGCCCACUACCUCGCGCAGCUGCAGGCGGCGGCGCACGACGUGGCGCGCAGCGUGCUCGGCGUGCGCGCGCUGCACCGCCAUGCCGCCCUCGUCGCCGCCGUCGCGCAGUGCGCCUACUUCCUCACCGCCACCGCCGGCGGCGCCCAGACGCUCGGCGAGGAGUACGUCAAUGCCGUCAUGGUCGGGCCGAGCGGGCGCGUCGUGCACCGCCGGCGGCGCGUGCUCUUCAUCUUCCUGCACAUCGUGCUGCCCAUGCUCUCGGCACAGCUGUAUCGCAGCGUCUCGCACGCGCUGCAGCGGGCACAGGCCGCUCGCGCCCAGACACACCAGCGCGCCGUGCUGCGCGCCAACGCUGUACGGGCGGCGCCGCCGCGCAAGAGCCGCGGCGACCGCAUCGUCGACUGGUGGGCGUCGGCGCUGCCGGUGGAGGGCCUCGAGCGCAUCAAGAGUUGGCUGCGCUGGGGCGCCAGUGCGCACCUGGCCGUGUUCUAUAUGAGCGGCAAAUACUACUCUGUGGCGCAGCGCGCGGCGCGUGUCCGAUAUAUCUCGACGAUUCCCGCACGGCCAGGGCAGUCGCCGCCGUCGUACGAGGUCCUGGGCUUCCUGCUAGCGUUCCAACUCGUCGUCAAGUCGAUGCUGGGCCUCAUCCGCGUGCAUCGGUCAGCAACAAGCGAGUCAGCGUCCGAGAAGAGAGCGCAGCCCAAGGAGACGGUGCGCAUCGACGACUCGAUCUGGAGCCACGCCUCGACACCUGCGGUGCGCCUCGAGUCGGGGAUGGGCGACGACGUGGCGGCGGACGAGCCUGGCGGUGCACACGUGCCUCUGGUCUACCCCGAUCCGGACGCUCUGCCGUCGCGCGAGGCGCUGCAGCUGCCUGCCUCGGCCUCGCGAGCGACGCUCGAGGCCGCACGCGCGGUGGCACGGGGCAAGGCAGCGCAGCUGGAGAAUGCAGGCGAGAGCAUCCGGAGGUGCACGCUCUGUAUGGAGACGCGGCGGCCGGAACGUGGCGCCAGUGCGGUAACGCAGUGCGGCCACGUCUUUGAUUGGGGAUGCAUCACCAACUGGGUCAAGGAGAAGCCCGAGUGUCCGCUGUGUCGGUCGCGCAUCACGCCUGCGACGAUCCUGCCCAUUUACAACUUCUGA